AUGUCGUACAUUAACAUCCCUCGGGAUCGAAACGAUCCAAAUUACAGAUACAAGAUGCCCAAGCUGAUAUCCAAAAUUGAGGGAAGAGGAAAUGGCAUCAGGACGAACAUCGCGAACAUGGGGGAAAUCGCGAGGUCGUUGAAGAGACCUCCUAUGUACCCCACGAAAUUUUUUGGAUGCGAAUUAGGAACUAUGGUAAAAUUUGAAGAGAAUGAAGAAAAAGCAAUUGUAAAUGGUGCCCACAAGGAAAACGAUUUAGUAAAUAUUUUGGACAAGUUUAUCGAAAUGUAUGUCCUCUGCCCUCACUGUUUAUUACCCGAAACGGACAUCAUCGUUAAAAAAGGUUUCCUAAUCUGUAAAUGUAAUGCAUGUGGAAAUAUUGGCGAACUAAAUAAUUCUCACAAAAUUGCUACCUACAUGAUUAAGAAUCCCCCCCAGAUAAGCACCGUUGGAGGUAAAAAGAAAAAAACGAAAGAUAAAAAAAUGGAGAAAAAUGGUAAGGGGAAGAGUGACAAAGGAGGAGGAUUAACAGAAAAGGGAGACAAAAAUGAAGAAACGAGAAAUGGAAUACUACACUCUGGAGGAGACUAUGAUAGUUCGGAUGAACUAGACACAGAUAAAAGUAAUCCAACAAAUAAUGGAAAUAUUAAAAAAGACAAAAAAUCGAAAAAAAAAGAUAAAAAGAAAAACAAAACAGAAGAAAAUUUUGUAUUAGAAAAAGAAUCACUCCAUUUUGACAGUGUAGAAAUUAAAGAAGUUAUCGACAGAAUGAGGACCCUAUUUGUUACCUUCCCAAAUAUAAGUGACAAUGAUUUCUGCGAGGAACUUCGUGUUCUGCAGGUAUCUCAGAGCUUCGACUCCAAGUGUAGAAUUUUUAUUUGCCUCUCUGCAUUGUUCGACAAUCAAAUAACCAAAGAGUUAUUACAAAAAUAUAUCAAAUAUAUAAAGAAGGUAAACGACACGUCUGUUACCGUUACGGAUAUUUUUCUAGCCCUGGAGUACUAUGUUAACAAGGUGGCUCAAAACGCACUUAUUAUUUACCCAUAUAUUUUACAAAUUUUGUACAAUAAUGAUAUCUUCGAAAGCAAGGACAUUAUUAAACGGUAUGAGGUUAGCAGCUCUGCGACAGCCUUGUUUGAAAGGAGUAACAGCUCUGAUAGCCUUGAUGAGAAAAAUAAAUACUACGUGGAGUGUUACAAUAAAUGCAAAUGUAUGGCGAAACAUUUCGUUAGUUGGUUGAAGGAAAACGAAUCUGAUGAAGAUGAGUCGGAGGAGGAAGAGAGCCAAGUUAGUAACCCAGUGAAUAGCAACAUGACUAGCUACAAAGUGAAGUCUUUGCGAAAUAAUGAUGACAAGAGUAGGGAAACCCGCAACGGGGGUGGUGUCAACAAUGCAGUUACGAACGAAAACGAUAAGGCGUUUGAAGACUCCAAGAGUGAAAAGUGUGAGGACGAAAUAUUUUUGGAUGCCAAAGAUGGUAUCAACUACACGGGCGAUGAGGAGGAAAUCGACAUCGAUGCCAUUUGA